UAUAUAUAUAUAUAUAUAUAUUAGUGACGAUCAUUAAUAAUAGCCAUGACUUUAGAUGUUAACGAUGAGCCCGGUAAACUAUUUAUCGGUGGUCUCAGUUGGGAGACGACAAUCGAAAAACUGACAGAAUAUUUCUGUCGUUACGGCGAAGUAAGCGACUGUGUGGUCAUGAAGAAUGCCGAGACGGGCCGUUCCCGUGGUUUCGGUUUCGUAACGUUUAAGGAUCCGUCGUGCGUACAAAUAGUGAUGGCCAGUGGCCCGCAUGCGCUCGAUGGCCGAACAAUUGAUCCCAAAGAAUGCAAUCCAAAGACCGCACAAAAGGGCAAACGAGAUGCAAAAGUGGGAAACUUUCCGAAAGUAUUUCUCGGAGGACUUCCACCCAAUGUUAACGAAACAGUACUCAGAGAUUAUUUCUCAAAAUUUGGAAAAGUUAUCGAAGUGGUUAUUAUGUAUGAUCAGGAGAAAAAGAAAACACGAGGCUUUGGAUUCUUGUCCUUUGAUUCAGAAGAUACCAUUGACAAAGUGGUCAAGGAACAUUUUGUCAGCAUCGGUGGCAAACAGGUUGAAGUCAAAAGAGCCGAACCCAGAGAUAAGUCAAGUGGCAAUUCAAUGAAGAACCAUAUGGGCAAUUCACCGAUGCAACAGCACGGCGGUGGCCACCCGAUGGCCGGAGCUAUGCCACCAUGGAAUCCAAUGUGGGGACCACAAGGUGGACCGCCGAUGCACGUUCCACCCCCACCUGGUCAGCCACCGCCGCCCACUGCGGCCGGAGCACCGAUACCUGGAAUGCCGAACGGAAUUCUUCCCGCCGGCUAUACUCCUGCUUGGAAUUCCAGUCAACAAACCGGUGCCUAUGCUGCCGGCAAUGGUUGGACACAACCGCAAAACUAUCCGAAUUAUCAACAGUGGACAGGUUAUGGAUACCCGCCGCCAGGUUGGCAGGGAUACGGAUAUGGACCAUACAAUACCACUUAUCCUGGCUAUGGCCAAGCGGCGGCAGCGGGACAAGGCGCUGCCAAUGCCACCCAAACACCAGUAGCACAAGCAGCGAUUGCUGGUCAAGCGGCCGCCAACUCGGCCGUCGGUACAUACAUGCAAGCCGCUGGCGCUACUGUAACUCCCGGUGGCGCACAAGUAGUCGCUGCAAAUGCCGGCGCCGCUGCACCACAAGCGAGCGGCACAGCCAUCGGCACAUAUCAACAGGAAGCUUCCAGUUAUGGGCCGGCAAGAGUUGGCAGUUAUGCCAGUGCACCUAAUUAUACCAACUAUGCACUGCAAGGACAGGGAGACGCAUCGGCAUCAGCAAACACCUAUAGUGCCAAUGCCAGCGCUAACGCUGCUCCCUAUACCAGAGCUUCAUCACAGGCACAGAGUUAUCAUCCAUACAGAAGAGUUUGAACAGGAGUUUAGUUCUCUCUUGGUUUUGGAUGCGCACAACUGAUCCGAUGAUAUCAAUCUGAUUAUAUAAUAUUUCUUUGAUGAUGUGUCGCCUCUUUUUUAAAAUUGUAGUAUUUCUUAAUUUUCAAUCAAUAUAUACCCAUAAAUCAUAUGUUAUUAUUAUUAUUUACUGUAUGUUUUUGACCGCAUUGUUGGCACAAUUUGUGGUCUUAACAACAAAACAAACAAAAAUAUGUCAUCUCAAUAAUCAUUUAUAUAUAUAAUAA